UGGCGGUAAUGCACCCAGACCCUGGUUUGAGAAAUGCCACUAAGCACCAAAGAAGACGAAAGAGGAAGCCGAACAGAUGUCUGGUUGUACUGCAAACACAUGCGUGAAGUUUUUCUGUCCUCUUGGGAAAGACACGGUCUCAUGGACGCAGAAGUACUUGUCCAAGCCCCAGUCCCUCAUGUGCUGGAGAAGGUUCUUGGUGUUGAGCCUCAGGCACAGUCUAAAGCAGCAGCAUUUACCAAGGCGUUUCUGAAGAACAGCAUUCAGCACCCAGCACGCCACGAUCUGAAGAGCAUGCUGACACGUAAGGCUGUGAUUCUGGGCUACAUCAGGCCCAAGAAGGAGAAGACCAAGAGGAACAGCAAGAAAGCCAAAGGACUAAAUGCACGGCAGAAGAAGGCGAUGAAGAUCUUCCAGCUUAAGCCUGAACACCAGAGAUAUGAGCUUUUCCUGCCUCUGCAAGAACUCUGGAGACAGUAUAUUAUUGAGCUGUGCAGUGGAUUGAAACCAACAAGUCCUCAGUUUGUGCAGCAGAAACUUCUGAAGGCAGACCUUCACGGUGCUAUCCUUACAGUGGUCCGGUCCAAAUGUCCAUCAUAUGUGGGGACUACAGGGAUUCUCGUGCAAGAGUUUAAACAUGUUUUCAAAAUCAUCACCAAAGAGGACAAACUGAAAGUGAUCCCAAAAAGGAACAGUGUGUUUGCAGUGGAGAUCAACGGCUUUGUCUCACACAUCUUUGGAAGUAAGUUUGAGCAGCGAGCCAGCGAACGCUCUGCCAAGAAGUUUAAAGUGAGAGGAACCAUUGACCUGUGACCUGGCACUGAGUGUCACCAAAGACUGCCGUGUGCCAUACCAAGAGACUUUACAUUCCCGUACACCUACUGCUCCUAGUGGACAUUGAAGCAGCUGCAACAAUAAUGACCAGUGUGUAGAAGAUAAAAAAAUGGUCAUGUGUAAAGGAAGCAGAACCACAUAAAAAGCACUGCAGGGUUUUUUGCUUUAUUUUGUUUUUUGACUUUGUUGCAUAUAUAUGACCUUCACACAUAGUGUCACUUUAUUUUAAUGGGGAACUUUCCAACAAGAAGACUGCCUUACAAGCCUUUAGAUGUAGAGUUUGAAUGAGAUGGGUUUCCUCAGGCAGGUAGGUAGUAAAGAGAUGCUUUUGAGGUUUGAAGUGUAGUAUCCAGUGUUCUGGAAGCUUGACUUAUACCAGAGACCCAACUGUUGGAUAAAUGAGAUAUGAUGGUUUCACCUCAGAUGUGUACUGCAUAUCAGAGCCUUGUUAAAAAUCUGUGGAAUUGUCUGAGGCUCCCCACCCAUGACAGGUGGUGCUGUUACAUGAAGAUUGUUAAACAAAUACUGGUGUUGAUUAUGUUCUGUUGUUGCAGUAUCUAUACUCUCUGUGAGAAAGCUGAUGCACCAGUCUAUGUUCAGUUCUGUCUCUUCUAAACACUAGAGAGCUAAAAAUCUACCUUGUGUUCGGUGGAGCUGGGUAUCAAACCUAAAUACUUUCUGCAAACUGAUCCAGUGUUUACUUGCUUUUACUGUCACUGACUUCCUGGUUGAGCCAGAUAACCUGAGAACAACAAUUUCGUAUAGUUUAAAAAAUACGUAAUCAAGUGUGGGACACUUGGUACAAAAAACAAAUAGAGACUCCAACGAAGAACACAAAUGGAUGUGAAAAUGGAAGAAGUAUCUAUUUUAAGUUCUUAAAAAAAUAAAUAAAUGAAAUACACUGCUGUUCAAAAGUUUAGGGUCACUUGGAAUGUCCUUACUUUUGAAAGAUAACAAUGAAGAUAACAUUAAAUGAAUCAGAAAUACAGUCUAGACAUUGUUAAUGUGGUAAAUGACUAUUCUAGCUGGGAACGGCUGAUUUUUAAUGGAAUAUCUACAUAGGGGUACAGAGGAACAUUUCCAUCAACCAUCACUCCUGUGUUCUAACGAUACAUUGUGUUAGAUGAUUGUGUUGGAAGGCUGAUUGAUGAAAAGGAAACCCUUGUGCAAUUAUGUAAGAACAUGAAUAAAAGUGAGUUUUCAUGGAAAGCGUGAAAUUGUCUGGAUGACCCCAAACUUUUGAAUGGUAGUGUAUGUUACAAUAUUCACAUUAAGACUGGAGACUUCAAGUGCUAUUGGAAUCUACAUUGUCAGGCUUGUAGGAUCAGCUUCAUAUCACUCAUGUUUUUAAUGUACAGCUGCAUGAAUAAUGUCUGCUUAUUUUAGACAAUCUGGGCCAUUUGGAUAUAUGUAUUGUUUGUUGUACAGGUGCUUGCAAUCCUUAAUGCUGCAGUAAAUCAGCUAACCAUAGCUUCAAUUUUUCUUACCAUAUUCAGGAUGCACAAUGAUUUGCUAACAUCUCUUGAAUUCUAUUUUAUUUUUGCUCAUUUAUAAGUUCUGAAAUGUAAUUCCAGUUUUUCAAAUGUUGUGUUGUUGUGAGAGAAGACUUUAUUAUAUCAUCUCAUUUACCUCUUUGCUGGAUAUUGAAAAUGUCUUUAAAGUAGUAUUUAGUGAGAAUUGUGGUAUUUGAAAUGUAUUUCUUUAGCUGAUUUUGUUUGUCUCAUGAACAAUAGAGGAAAGAAAAUUUUUUUU